AUGAAAGGCGAAACACGAAGUGAACAAGUGGCAACCAUGCCUGCCAAGAAGCUCGUGCUCCUACGCCUCCUGCUCGUGGGGUUCAUAAUAAACCAUGUAACCCGCACCGCCGGCGCCGGUGACGACGGCCACCAGUUCGUCUACUCCGGCUUCGCCGGCAGCAGCAACCUGCUCCUCGACGGCGCGGCGUCCGUGACUGGGAGCGGCCUCCUGGAGCUCACCAACGGCACGCUCCGCCAGAAAGGGCACGCCAUCUACCCGACCCCGCUGCGCCUCCGCGGCCGCUCCUUCUCGGCCUCCUUCGUGUUCGGCAUCCUGUCGGCCUACCCCGACGUGAGCGCCAACGGCAUCGCGCUCUUCGUCGCGCCGACCACCAACUUCUCGGGCGCCAUGGCGGCGCAGUACCUCGGCCUCCUCAACACCAGCAACAACGGCAACGCCACCAACCGCGUCUUCGCGGUGGAGCUGGACACCAUGCAGAACAACGAGUUCAGGGACCUCAGCGACAACCACGUCGGGAUCGACAUCAACAGCCUCGUCUCCGCCAACUCUACCGACGCCGGCUACUACGACGACGACGGCGGCGGCAGCGGCGGCGGGUUCCGCAACCUGACGCUCAUCAGCCACGAGGCGAUGCAGGUGUGGGUGGACUACGAGGGCGGGACCGGAAGGAUCAACGUCACCCUGGCCCCCCUCAAGACGCGCAGGCCGGCGAGGCCGCUGCUCUCGGUGGUGCACGACCUCUCGGCAGUGAUCCCGGACACCGCGUACAUCGGCUUCUCGUCCUCGACGGGGCUGGUCAGCUCCCGGCACUACAUCCUCGGAUGGAGCUUCGCCGUGGACGGCCCCGCGCCCGCCAUCGACAUCGCCAAGCUGCCGAAGCUGCCCCGUGAAUUCCCGAAGCCAAGGUCCAAGGCCAUGGAGGUCAUCCUGCCCAUAGCCACCGCGGCGUUGGUCCUCUUGGUGGGGACGGCCCUCGUCCUCCUCAGGAGAAGGCAGCUGAAGUACGGUGAGCUGAGGGAGGAGUGGGAGGUGGAGUUCGGGCCGCACCGCUUCUCCUACAAGGAUCUCUUCCGCGCCACGGAAGGGUUCAAGAAGAAGAACCUGCUCGGGGUAGGAGGGUUCGGGAAGGUGUACCGAGGAGUUCUUCCGGCGUCCAAAUGCGAGAUCGCCGUGAAGAGGGUGUCGCACAGCUCGAAGCAGGGCAUGAAGGAGUUCGUCGCCGAGAUCGUGAGCAUAGGGCGGAUGCAGCACCCCAACCUCGUCCAGCUGCUCGGCUACUGCCGCCGGCGAGGUGAGCUGCUUCUGGUGUACGAGUACAUGCCAAACGGGAGCCUCGACAAGUACCUGUAUUCCCAACCUCAAGAGGCCGACAAGCACAAUGGUACUCUGAAUCUAAACUGGGUUCAGAGGCUUGGUAUCAUCAAAGGGAUUGCGUCGGGAUUGAUCUACCUCCACGAGGAGUGGGAGAAGGUCGUCGUCCAUCGGGACAUCAAGGCCAGCAACGUGUUGCUCGACAAGGGCAUGAAUGGCCGGCUUGGCGACUUCGGGCUCGCGAUGCUGUAUGACCACAGUGCCGACCCGGAGACCUCGCAUGUUGUUGGAACAAUAGGGUACCUAGCCCCGGAGAUCGGCCGCACCAGCAAAGCAACCAUCCUGACCGACGUGUUUGCCUUCGGCAUAUUCGUGCUGGAGGUCACCUGUGGGCAGAAGCCCAUCAUGCAAGGUUCGAAGGAUGAUCAGCUCAUGCUGGCAGACUGGGUGGUGGAGCACUGGAACAGAGGCUCACUGGUUGAGACGGUUGACACCAAGCUCCAAGGUGAAUACGAUGUCGAUGAGGCGUGUGUGGUGCUGAAGGUGGGGUUGUUAUGCUCCCACCCAUUUCCUGAAGCAAGGCCUACUAUGCGGCAGGUCUUGCAGUACGUGAAUGGUGAUAUGCCGGUGCCGGAACUAGUUCCGGCGCACCUGAGCCUCCAGAUGCUGGCGUUCAUGCAGAAUGAAGGGUUCGAUUCAUACAUCAUGUCGUAUCCUUCGUCGGUGGAGAGCAUUAACAGCCUCACUAGCCUUGUGCACGAGAGAUAA